UUCAUGAACCUUAAAAAAUUCCUUCUCCCUCCAUCGACGCUUGGCCUGGCCUCACGAUUUCAAGGCUCUGUGGAGUAACAAAGCAAUGGGUGGUUCAAGAUUUAUAUGUUCCAUUACUCUGAGUUUGUUGUUUUUGGCGCUGAUUGGUUACCCUCUGGCAUUUGCUCAGCCAAGAUUGUUACACUUUAUCUGCGUCGACGGAGGCAAUAGCAACCAUACAACUGAUGGGGCUGCCUACAAAGCCAAUCUAGAACAACUCCUCUCCACCUUCACCACCGACCAUCAAAUUGAGUAUGGCUUUUACAACUUCUCUUACGGCGGCGAAAACAGAGCAUACGCAAUCGGACUCUGCAGGGGGGACAUUUCGGCGGAGGCUUGCCGGAGAUGCCUCAAUAACUCCAGAGAUAUUCUCCUUACACGGUGUGAGACCCAGAAGGAAGCGCUUGGAUGGUACGAUGCCUGUAUGCUCCGUUAUUCCGACCGACCCAUCUUGGGGUCCAUGGAAGUUUCACCGCCCGCCUUUCUGUGGAACACGAUGAACGCGUCAGAUCCGGAAGGAUUCACCCAGGCCGCCAGGAAUCUGAUAGUGAGUCUCAUAGGCCCAACCUCGGCCGGCGACUCCCGUAUGAAGUUUGCGGUGGGGAACGCAACGCUUCCAAAUUUGCCCACAAUUUACGGCUCAGCGCAGUGCACCCCAGAUUUGUCUCCGCGGAAGUGCAACGAAUGCUUGUCUGGGGCUCUGCCUCUAAUCCAAGAUUGCUGUGAUGGAAAGCGAGGGGGUAGGGUUCUUAGACCCAGUUGUAAUUUUCGAUAUGAGACCUACUCUUUCAUUCAAUCGCCGCUGCCGCCGCCGCCGCCCACCCUCUCACCCUUUCCACCGCCACCAUCCCCUACUCUUUUACUUAACAGAACUACCCACGGAAACAAAAGCAGCUACUCUGCAACUUUCAUAGCUAUCGUUGUGCCUAUUGCUGCUGUUGCAGUUUUAGCACUAAUGAUCAGCAUCUACAUCUUUCUACGAAAAUGUAGGCCAAAACCCAGUGGAGAAAACCGUCAAGCCGAGGAAGAAACUAUGACAGUGGGGUUCUUACAGUUCGAUUUCAACACCAUUAGAACAGCAACAGAUGAAUUUUCAGACGAAAACAAACUUGGGGAAGGUGGGUUUGGAGCUGUUUACAAGGGGAAGCUUCCAAACAAACGAAUCGUAGCGGUCAAACGGCUUUCUAAGGUUUCAGGGCAGGGAGAUGAUGAAUUUAAGAACGAACUCCUUUUGUUAUCUAAGCUUCAUCAUCGGAAUUUAGUUAAGCUUUUGGGUUUCUCCUUCAAACAAAACGAAAAGCUUCUCAUUUAUGAGUUCUUGCAGAAUGGAAGCCUUGAAAAAUUCAUUUUCGAUCCUCUCAAGCGCCAAACUUUGAAUUGGGCAAUGCGCUACAAAAUCAUACAAGACAUCACUCGUGGACUUGUUUAUCUUCACGAAGAUUCUCGAAUCAAAAUUAUUCAUCGAGAUCUAAAACCCAGUAAUAUUUUGUUGGAUACAAACAUGAACGCUAAAAUUUCAGAUUUUGGUACCGCAAGAUUAUUCGCAUCUGAACAAACUCGAGAUGAUACGUCCGCAAUAAUCGGCACUUUUGGAUAUAUGGCUCCAGAAUAUGCAAGACACGGUCAAUUCUCAUCAAAGUCGGACGUGUUUAGCUUUGGUGUUCUAGUUUUAGAGAUUGUGACUGGACGAAGAAAUAACCGAGCCAAUAGCUAUAACGAGAAUAUCGAAGAUCGUCUUAUAAGCUCCGCAUGGAGAAACUGGAGGGAAGGAACAGCGUUGAACAUUGUAGAUCCUUGUGUUGAAAUUCGAAGUGAAAUGGUGAGGAAUGAGGCGACAAGAUGCAUCCAGAUUGGGUUACUCUGCAUUCAAGAGAAGGUGUGUGAAAGGCCAACAAUGGGUACCAUCCUUCUCUUGCUUAACGGCCACUUGGCUGAUUUUCCCACGCCCUCGCAGCCUUCUUUCUUUAUGAACACUAAGAGCCCUCCAAGCUAAUAGCUCUUACUCUGUGCGAAUCAUUGUCAACACUUGGUAAUCUUAAAUUGAUUUGUUUCGGGCUCGUAGUUUUAACGAUCUUCUAUAAUGUUUGGUGAUCAUUUGUAUAUGCAAACCAUUUUUGGUAUAAUUGACUUGACAAAAGUGUAUAUUCUAGUA